UCAAUAUUAUUAUCAUUAUGCUGUAUUUUAUGUUUAGUAUAUUAGAGAGUUUUUCUUUGCUUUCUCUUCGUUUUGUAAGGCAGACAGUGCAGUCCAAGUGUGAGGCGCAUGUUGUGACUUGCGAAGAGAGGUCAGUGUCAGGUGGCCGCAAGCCACGCUUUAUCAGAGCUGUGACCACAAAUGGACAACCGCAACUUGCUAUGUUCACAAUAGGGCCACGCAAUGUCUGGGCAUUGUUCCAAAUAUUUUCAUUUAACGUAAGCAAAUGUUACAGAACACAUGUCCGAAGUAAACAGGAUAGUCAUGCACAGCAAUGCGGUGUCGAUAGUUUUGGACGAUGCAGUCCCUAGUCGGACGGGUAGCUAUGCGAGCACAGUGGCUACAGGGCAGUGCUGCAAUAGUGAGUCUACCAUUGAGGAGGAGGAAGAGAAAGCAACUGGAACACCUGUUGAAAUAAAGAAGACAACGGCCAGAGGAAGGGGAAAGAAUUGCACAAGCGUGUUGUCGCCUGAUAAUAGCUAUGCGGCAAAUAAAAAUGUGGCCGAGGGUCUCAUGGACAUAGCUCUGCUUUCGGCGAAUGCUAAUCAGCUGCGUUUUCUGAUCACCUACAAUCACGAGUCCUCCACAUACUACUACAGCUUGGUUUUAGUUAUAUUGUCCCUUGUCAUGCAGCUUUUCGUGGGUAUAGCCCUCAUUUUUAAGAAUCGUCUCAAGCGCUGCCGUAGUCGUCGCUUUGCGCGCACCCAUGAGCUGCUCGUAAUGGGCGUUUUUAUGAUCACAGUGAUAAACAUAUUGUUAGCAGCCUUCACCACCACCGAUGGACGAAGUGCGGCGCGAGCUCAUACCAACCCAUAAUGGCACCAAACACAAAGCAGACAUUUGU